AUGGCGAAUGCAGUUGCAGAGCUAAUAUUCAUCCCUACCCCUGGGCUUGGUCAUAUCAUGUCAACCAUAGAGCUCGCAAAGUUACUUGUGAAUCGUGAUCAACGUCUCGCGAUAACCGUCCUUGUCAUCAAGCCUCCUGGCAUGACUUCUGGCUCGGCUAUCACCACCUACAUAGAAUCAUUAACUGAAACCACCAUGGAUCGCAUAUCCUUCAUUCAACUCCCUCAAGUUGAAUCUUCACCAACUCAUGGCGGCCCAACGGAGUUCAUCAGAAGUCACUCCAAAUAUGUUAGAAAUGCAGUAGUUGAUUUGAGAAGUCAAUCGGGUUCAUGUCAGGUUGUUGGGUUUGUCGUCGACAUGUUUUGCACCAGCAUGAUUGAUGUGGCUAAUGAGUUUAAUGUUCCAACCUUCGUUUUCUUCACUUCUAGUGCUGCCUUUCUUGGAUUUACAUUAUUUAUAAAACUACUCUGUGAUGAUCUGAAUAGAGACGUUGUUGAGCUGAGCAACUCAGACACCGAGAUAUCGGUUCCAAGUUUUGUCAAACCGGUGCCAACUAAAGUGUUUUGGAGUCUUGUCAAGACUAGAGAAGGACUGGACUCUGUUCAGCGGCUUGCAAAGAAACUUGGAGAGGCCAAAGGAAUCAUUGUAAAUACAUUCUUGGAUCUGGAAACACACGCAAUAGAGUCGUUGUCUGCUGACAUUAGUAUCCCACCGGUGUAUCCGGUGGGACCCAUACUCAACUUAGAAGGCGGUUCUGGUGGUGGGAAACCUUUUGACGAUGACGUCAUUAGGUGGUUGGAUAGUCAACCACCUUCCUCGGUUGUGUUUUUGUGUUUUGGGAGUAUGGGAAGUUUUGAUGAGGCCCAAGUGAAGGAGAUAGCACGUGGUUUAGAGCAGAGUGGUCACCGUUUCUUGUGGUCCCUACGUCGACCUCCGUCAGAACAAACGACUACGAGGAUCCCAAGCGACUAUGAGGAUCCGAGUGUGGUACUGCCAGAAGGGUUUUUGGAUCGGACACGUGGAAUAGGGAAAGUAAUCGGGUGGGCCCCACAGGUGGCGGUGUUGGCUCAUGAUGCAGUUGGAGGGUUUGUGUCCCACUGCGGGUGGAAUUCAUUGUUGGAGAGUUUAUGGUUUGGUGUACCAUCGGCAACAUGGCCGAUGUACGCUGAGCAACAGAUGAAUGCGUUUGAAAUGGUGGUGGACCUGGGAUUGGCAGUGGAGAUAAAGUUGGAUUAUGAGAAGGAUGUGUUUAAUCCGUUUAAUCCCAAGGCUAAUAAGAUCAUUAAUGUGACAGCUGGGGAGAUAGAAAGUGGGAUGAGACGAGUAAUGGAGGAUAACGAAGUUAGAGUAAGAGUGAAAGAGAUGAGUGCCAAGAGUAGAGCGGCGGUGGUGGAGGGCGGUUCAUCAUAUGCAUUUGUCGGUCGUCUUAUUCAAGAUUUUAUAAGAGACUAACUCUUGACCCGGACUUCUGUUUGUUUGUUUUUUUUUUUUUUUUUUUUUUUUUUUUUUUUUGUAUGUUACUAAAGUUGGAAGUAUGGUUUUCAUGUAUUGGUGUAGGAAGGUGAACCACAAAAGUUGUCCAUGUAUCAGGUUACUAUGGUAUAAUUAUGGUUGCCUUUUACCCUUUUUUACAA